CCCUCUCGGUCUCUUUCCGCCGCCAUCUUGGGCCCCGCUCCCCGCACAGUGAGUCCCGCGCCGCCAUCCGCCGCCAUCCGCCGCCAUCCGCCGCUCGGGGCGCCGCUCGCCGCUAGCGGCAUGAGCGGGUGGCCGGCAGGACCCGGUUGAGGCCAUCGAAAUGCCCGGCGAAGCCACAGAAACCGUCCCGGCCACGGAGCAGGAGCUGCCGCAGCCGCAGGCGGAGACAGCUCCAGCUGCCCCCGCUGCUGCUCCCAUCCCUGCUCCAGCUGUUCUUCAUGCUGCUCACUCCCCACCUCUGACUCCAUCUCCAUCCGCCCAGGCACAGCUGCCCAGCGCUGCCCCGGCUCUGCCAGGCCCCCCCGGCCCCGUGUCCCCCCCCGUGGUCCCGGCUGCAGCCAUCCCCGUGUUCUCCGUGCCCCCCCAGCCCCCUGCCCCACCUCUGCUGGCCCCAGCCACCGCUGCCCCUCCUCCAGCUCCGCAGGGUUUUGCAGCCCCAGGAUCUCCAGGGCCUGCCCCAGUUAGCCCAGUGUCCCCAGGAUUCCCAGCUCCAGUGUCACCUGGCCUGGCUGCUGCUGCUGCUGCAGUGACAGUGGCCCCUCUUGUCCCCCCAGUGAGCCCCAGUUCUCUCCCAGCUGCUCUCACCUCUCCCAUGAAAACUGCUGCCACUGUGGGAGCAGCCCCAGCCCCUCUCCCUGCCUCUGGAGCACCCCCAGCCCCUCUCCCUGCCUCUGGAGCACCACCAGCCCCUCUCCCUGCCUCUGGAGCACCCCCUGCCCCUCUCCCUGUCUCUGGAGCACCCCCAGCCCCUCUCCUCCCUCCCCCAUCCCGUCCCCUUCUGGCAUCUCCCCCACCAGUGCCCCCCAGUUUGCUGCCUGCUCCCACGGUGGCAGUGACCCCCCAGAGUCCAGGGUCACCCCCACUUCCCCCAGUGUCUCCUGGAAGUCCUGCUGCUCCAGGCUCUCCCCGAGCCCCAGCUGCAGCCCUGGUGGGUGCCAUCUCUCCCCCUGUGUUCCUGGCUGCCCCCAAAGCUCCCCUGUCACCCCCUAUCCCUCUGCUGGCAGCUGGCAUGUCCCCUGGGCAUCCUGCUGCGGGCCCAGCCCCCGGUGCCCCAGUCUCACCACUGCUCCCAGUUGCUCCUUCUGUGUCCAAGGCCUGUCCCGUGGGUCCCCCAGCUGUGGGACACCCCGUCCCUCCCUCGGUGACAAGGACCCCCCCUGGGAGCCCGGCCCCUCGGGCAGCAGGAGCUCCAGUGCCUCCUGCCCUGCCCACACCUGCACUGGCAGCUGCCAUCCCUGUCCCAGGGUCUCCAGCCAGCCCUGUGCUCCCAGCAGCAGCUCCUGUGCCUGCUGUCCCCUCUGCCAGCUGUCCCCCUGUCACUCUGGCCACUCCAGCCACCCCUCCUGCUGCCAGAGCAGCUCCUCCAAGUCCAGCUGCUGUCCCUGUCACACCGGCCAUGGCAGCUCCUGCCACCCCUCCUGUGGCUAAAACAUCUCCUGCUGCCCCUGUCACACCAGCCAUGGCACCUCCAGCCACCCCUCCUGUGGCUAAAACAUCUCCUGCUGUCCCUGUCACACCGGCCAUGGCACCUCCAGCCACCCCUCCUGUGGCUAAAACAUCUCCUGGGAGCCCAGUCACUGCCCCAGCUGCCCCCUCUGUCCCUGUCACACCGGCCAUGGCAGCUCCUGCCACCCCUCCUGUGGCUAAAACAUCUCCUGGGAGCCCCGUCACUGCCCCAGCUGCCCCCUCUGUCCCUGUCACACCGGCCAUGGCAGUUCCUGCCACUCCUCCUGUGGCUAAAACAUCUCCUGGGAGCCCAGUCACUGCCCCAGCUGCCCCCUCUGUCCCUGUCACACCGGCCAUGGCUCCUGUGGCCACCCCUCCUGUGGCCAAAGCAGCUCCCCCGAGUUCAGCCGCUGUCCCCUGUGCCCCUGUCACAGCGGCCACGGCAGCUCCACGCUCUCCAGCUGCCCCUCCCUCAGCCAAAGAUGCUGCCAAAGGUUCUGGUGCUGCCUCAGCUGCCACUGCAGCUCCUCCCAGCCCAGCUCCAGCCACCCCACCUGCAGCCAAAAGUGCCCCCAAGAGCCCUGGUGCUGCCACCCCAGCUCCUGCCACCCCAACUCCAACCACCCCAACUCCAACCACGCCAUCCCCUGCCACCCCAUCCCCUGCCACCCCAGCUCCUGCCACCCCAGCUCCUGCAGCUCCACCAGCUCCAGCUGCCCCCCCAGCAGCCAAAACGCCCCCAAAGAGCCCUGCCAAAGCCACCCCAGCCUCUCCUGAAGCCAAGACACCCCCAAAGAGCCCUGCCAAAGCCACCCCCACUGAGGACAAGGCACCCCCAAAGAGCCCUGCCAAAGCCACCCCAGCUCCAGCUUCCCCUGGAGCAGCCAAAAAGUCUCCCAAAGGCAGCCCCGUCACUGCCCCAUCUGCUCCUGUGCCUCCAGCACCUUCAGCUGCCCCUGCUGAGGCCAAGGCACCCCCAAAGAGCCCUGACAAAGCCACCCCAAGCCCUGCUGAGGCCAAAACACCCCCAAAAAGCCCUGUCAAAGCUGCCCCUGCUGAAGCCAAGGCACCCCCAAAAAGCCCUGACAAAGCUGCCCCUGCUGAAGCCAAGGCACCCCCAAAGAGCCCUGCUACAGCCACCCCAGCUCCAGCUGAGGCCAAAACACCCCCAAAAAGCCCUGCCAAAGCCACCCCAGCCUCUCCUGAGGCCAAAACACCCCCAAAGAGCCCUGUGAAAGCCACCCCAGCUCCAGCAGCCUCUCCUGAAGCCAAGACACCCCCAAAGAGCCCUGCCAAGGGCACCCCACCCUCUCCUGAGGCUAAGACACCCCCAAAAAGCCCUGUGAAAGCCACCCCAGCCUCUCCUGAGGCUAAGACACCCCCAAAAAGCCCUGCCAAAGCCACCCCAACCCCUGCAGCUGAGGCCAAAGCCACCCCAGCUCCAGCAGCUCCUGCUGCAGCCAAAGGAGCCUCAAAAAGCCCUGCUGAGGCCAAGGCACCCCCAAAAAGCCCUGCUGAGGCCAAGGCACCCCCAAAAAGCCCUGCUGAUGCCAAGGCACCCCCAAAAAGCCCUGUCAAGGCCACUCCUCCUCCAGCCACCCCUGCUGAGGCCAAAGGAGCCUCAAAAAGCCCCUCUGAGGCCAAGGCACCCCCAAAGAGCCCUGUCAAGGCCACUCCAACUCCAGCCACACCCCCAGCUCCUGCCCCAACCACGGGUGCCCCCCCAAAACCCCCAACCCCUGCCAAGAAGCAGCAGCAGCCCCUCCCCAAUAACAAGGUGGCCAAAGCAGCCACCCGGCCCCCCUCGAAAGCCGACGACGAGGACCUGCCACCUCUGCUCCCCCCCGAGCCACCCGUGCUGCUGGAGCUGUCCCCUGCCACGGGGGUCCCGGCCCCCCCGGCCCCACAGCCCGUCCUCAAGAAUGACAAGGGGUCUGGCACAGAGUCUGACAGCGAUGAAUCCGUACCAGAGCUCGAAGAGCAGGACUCCACACAGGCCACGACGCAGCAGGCACAGCUCGCGGCAGCAGCCGAGAUAGACGAAGAACCCGUCAGCAAAGCAAAACAGAGCCGGAGCGAGAAGAAAGCUCGCAAGGCAAUGUCCAAGCUGGGCCUUCGCCAGGUGACAGGAGUCACCAGAGUCACCAUCCGGAAAUCCAAGAACAUCCUCUUUGUCAUCACAAAGCCAGACGUGUACAAGAGCCCGGCGUCAGACACCUACAUCGUCUUUGGCGAGGCCAAGAUCGAAGACCUGUCCCAGCAGGCUCAGCUGGCAGCUGCCGAAAAGUUCAAAGUGCAGGGAGAACCUGUUUCCAACAUCCAGGAAAACACACAGACCCCCACCGUGCAGGAGGAGAGCGAGGAAGAGGAGGUUGACGAAACCGGCGUGGAGGUGAAAGACAUCGAGCUGGUGAUGUCGCAGGCGAACGUGUCGCGGGCCAAGGCCGUGCGAGCCCUCAAGAACAACAGCAACGACAUUGUAAACGCCAUAAUGGAGCUGACGAUGUAGCCGCCGGAGGGAGGAGCCUUUUUUGGUGUUUCAGAGAGAAGAGUAAAAUACGACUAAAUUUAAAAUUUGUACUAUUUCUAUCGGUUAAUAAAGUUGUGGCUUAUUGUUGGUGAAA